GCGGUCACCGCGCCCCGGUGCCCGCGCUGCACGGGUCCCCCGUGGCCUCCUCCGGGUCCAGAGGGCGCCCGGGCCGUGGAGGCGGAGGGGGAGAACGGGCACGGAGCUGCCCCCGCCGGCCCGGUGCUGCCCCCGCCCGCCCGGUACUCCCCGCCGCGCGGCCCCGGUGGCGCGGGGAUGCUCGGGGCCGGCGGGGCCGCGGGCGGGUUCGCGCUGCUGCUGCUGCCGCUGCUGCUGCCGCGGGCCGCCCGCGGGGCCGCGGUGUGCGGGCUCUGCCCGGGCCCUCCGCGGAACGGCUCCAUGGUGUCCCGGUUCUGUGAGUCCCGGCGGGACACCGAGAGCGACGGGCGCUGCUGCCGGGAGCGGGGCCCGUCCCCGGGGCGGCUUCUGGGGCUGGACCUGAGCAACUGCUCCCUACACAGUGUCCCCCCGGGACUGGCCGAGGCCACCACUGCCAUCGUCGUGGACUUGACUGAGAACCCGCUGACAGCUCUCCCCAAUGGCUCCUUCCUGGGCUUCAUCCACCUGCAGAGCCUCGCGGUGCCGCUGGCGCUGGAGUGCCCGGGCGGGAGCGACGCCUGGCAGGAUGUGACAGUGGACAGGAGCAGCCGGCUGUGCCAGGGACAGAGGAACCUCUGCAACACCUCUGUGGAACUCGCCUGGGCAUGCCCUGAAAACUCUGUGUGUGCCCCUGACGGCCCCGGCCUCACCCAGUGCCUCUGCGACCAUCCCUUCCACGGCUACAAGUGCCUGCGUGAGGACACGUUCCCGAUGCUUCUCUUUGGAGGAAUCCUGGGCGCUGCCACUGUGUCCCUGUCCCUGCUGCUGUGGGGGACCCAGCGGAGGAAGGCAAAGACGCCCUGAGCAGGGCAGGGGGCUGUGCCCGGGCUGGAGGCUCUGUGACCCGGGAGGCUCUCCGGAUCAAUAAAGCUGCAGGUCCUCA